CUAAUGGAAGACGGUGACACUUCAAGCUCAUUCCCAAUAGGGAAAAGUGCACAAGAUAAGGGCUUGUCAUACGUCCCAGACUGUUAUGUGGUUCCACCUCCACAACGAUCCAAUUUGACUCCAGAGACAACUAAUGUGCCUGUUGUUGAUUUAGCUGGUUUACAUGACCCCGGAGAAAGAUCUCACAUCAUAAAAGAUAUUGGAAGUGCCAGUCGCGGCCUUGGCUUCUUUCAAAUUAUCAACCAUGGGGUAUGCCAAUCAGUGCUGGAUGGAGCCCUGUCCUCAGCCUUUGAUUUUUUCAAUUUACCAAUGGAAAAGAAGCUAGAAUUUAUGUCCAAUGAUGUGCACAAACCAGUGAGGUAUGGAACAAGCUUGAAGGAUGGCAUAGACAAGGUCCAGUUUUGGAGGAUCUUCCUUAAACAUUAUGCACAUCCCUUGAAAGAUUGGGUUGAAUUAUGGCCUAAAAGUCCAGCUAAUUACAGAGAAAACAUGGGAAAGUAUGCAACAGACGUGAGGAAACUGGCCCUGGAAUUAACCACAGCUAUCACUGAAAGCUUGGGAAUUGGACCGACCUAUCUAAACAACAAAAUGGAGGAAGGCAUGCAAGUCAUGGCUAUCAACUGUUACCCAGCAUGCCCUAAACCUGAACUUGCGCUAGGGUUGCCACCGCAUUCAGACUAUAGUUGCUUCACCAUCCUUCUCCAGAGCUCCCAAGGCCUUGAAAUCAUGGACAGAAAUGAUGGCACAUGGAGGGCAGUCCUAAAACUUGACAGUGCCCUACAAGUUCAUGUGGGUGAUCAUCUUGAGGUGCUAAGCAAUGGCUUGUACAAGGGUGUGGUACAUAGGGUUGCCCUUAAUACUGAAAGGACUAGAAUCUCUAUUGCUAGCUUUAUUCAAACACUUAAGAUUUAA